AUGAAGAGUGUUGGUAACACGCCUAGCAACAUCAAUGCAAUUGCGGCCGGGCCGGCCUCGCAACGAUGGACAGAUGUGGUUGUGCGAAGCGCGCUGUGCAGACACAUAGAAAGAGACACGCGAACAGAUCGCAUGAAUCAAGGCUAUGCGGGACCAAACGUGAUAUGGCACACCAUGGGAAGGGUCGACCACCGAGAGAGGAAUAGUUGGGGACUUGAUGAGCUGUCGGUUCGGGGUGCAGCAGGUGUGCAUCAUCUGAUACGAAGGCCCACAGGUUAA